AUGAUCAAGACACCACCCGACGGUCAGGCCCAACGGGCACAAGUUGUUCGAGACAGAUCCUCAGCGCUACUACCAAGAUGCCUUCUGGGAGCCUUGUUACUCACAGCAAUCUGCUUGCCGACACUCUACCAGCCAUUCCUUGAUCGAGUCUACGCCCUUCUGUACACCUCAGAUUUCUACCGCUUCUCUGGAUUCGAAACGGUCCUCACGAUCCUCAGCUACGCCACCAUCGAGCCUUUGUUCACAUACAAGUUCGGCCACAACCCUCAACUUCGGAUCGAUGUGCGAGGCUCAACGCAGGACCUUCACAAGCCUCGUCCACGGCUACCGAAAAUGCAACGGCCCUGGCACAGAUUCUAUGAGAUGUUCAUCUAUGUCGCGCCUCUCUUUUGCCUUGACCUUAUCAUGAUAAAAAAGUUCGCCGACGUACCCAUCAACGACAUCAGACGAACUGGAAACUACGAGCCUGUGAUCGCACGUACCGGCGGCACAUACAUACUGCACUCGAACAGCUCGAGCCGCCACCAGCCCGCUGGCAACAUCUCUCCGAGCUUCCUCCUGCCGUCGGUCCAUAACUUCAGCCUCUCCUCUCCUCUCCAGCUCGAGCGAGCCCUACCGCCUGUGCCCCCGACCUCACAAAGACUCGCACUGGAACUCAUGACAGCCUUCUUCAUCUACGACUUCGUCUUCUUUGCCACGCAUCUGGCUUUCCACAAGAUCGGCGCCCUGAGUCGUCUUCACAACCCACACCACACUCAUGCGGAGAUUCAUCCUCAGAUCACCAACCGCCUGUCCAUCGCGGAGAGGCUGUCGCUCGUGAUGCUGGCGAACUUCUCGCUGAACAUCAUCGGGUCUCACGUCGUUACGAGGACGCUGUUCGUGCCGAUCUUCGUAUAUCUCUUGAUCGAGAUACACUCUGGGAUGGAUCUGGACUGGGGCUACGAUAAGAUCUUGCCGGCCGGGUGCGGUGCGGGAGCGAGGUCGCAUGCGCACCAUCACAAGACUGGUACGGGAGCGUAUGCGCCUUUCUUCGGAUGGUGGGAUGCUGCGUAUGCGUGGUGCGUGUCUGCGCGGAAACAGGCGUAA